GAACAAUCUGGUGGAAGUUGUCUGUGCCCGGUUUAGUACCGAGCCCUCGGAAGCUCCUUUUGCACAGAGUUAGAGUGAAGGGAUUUACUACCAGCAAGCUCAAAUCAAAAGGAACGUCUGUUUCUUCUAGACUGAGGAGAGGCUGAUUAUUGAAGACAGAAGAGAAUCCCAGAGGUGCAUUUAUUAGCAAGAAUUCCAAAGCCUGUCCAGUUUAGAGAGUGAAUCAAUUCAUCAGGACUUGAAAACAAUUGGAUUUGCAACAUUUGUCUACUGUCUGUGGGAAAAGAUUUAAAGAGUCAGUGUGAGUGGAAAUGCAGCAAGACACAUCCAUGCAGGUGACUGUACAAGUGAACUGACUGUGGAGAGAGCUUUUGCCAGUUACACAGCCUGAGUGAAAGUGUUCCUGUGAACUGACUGGACAGGUCUUGAACCAGUUACACAGACUGAUGAACAUUGCGCCACUCACUGGGGAGAAACUGUAUCCCUGUCCUGUGUAUAGGCAAGGAGUCAGCUGAUAAUCUGAUAUGGAGAGAUGUGAAGACAUCUGCACUACAAAGAAACCAUGGAAAUGUGUGGACUGUGGGAAAGGAUUCAAACGCCCAUCCCUGCUGGAAACUCAUCGACGCACUCACACUGGGGAGAGGCCGUUCAUUUGCCCCAAGUGUGGGAAGGGAUUCAGUGACUCAUCCAACCUGUGGAGACACCAACGAGUUCAUGCUGGAGAAAAACCAUUCCCCUGCUCUGUGUGUGGGAAGGGAUUCACUCAAUCAGCCAACCUACUCCGACACCAGCAAGUUCACACUGGGGAGAGGCCGUUCAUCUGCCCAGAAUGUGGGAAGGGAUUCAGUGACUCGUCCUGCCUAAUGAAACACCAGCGAGUUCACACUGGGGAGAGGCCAUUCCCCUGCUCAGAGUGUGGCAAGGCAUUCUCUCAGUUAUCCAACCUCAGAGCGCAUCAAUUGGUUCACACUGAUGAGAGACCUUUCAAGUGUUCGCACUGUGAGAAGAGCUUUAAACACAGAUGUGACGUGCUGACACAUCAACGCAUUCACACUGGGGAGAGGCCAUUUCUCUGCUCUGAAUGUGGUAAACGAUUUGUCCAUUCAAACAGCCUUCUGAAACACCAGCGAAUACACACUGGUGAGAAGCUGUAUGCCUGUUCUGUCUGUGGGAAAGCAUUUACUCAGUCAUCCCACCUUCUAAGACACCAGCGAGUUCACAAGUGACUGCAGGGCAGGCAUCUGUUGCUGCUGUUGUUAAAAACUUUGAUCCAGCUGCAGGGAGGAAUGAUUUGAUGUGAUGGAGGAUUCUCCAUCCCCUGAGGACCAGGAAAAAAAUGCAGUGGAAUAGAGAAAUAUGCGGUGUUGUGAUGUAUCAUGGGCAGGCCAGCAGCGGGUGGCAUUGUAUCACUUUAAACACCAGAGGGACAGAGAAACUGUCUUUGAUUUGUCACAUUUUUAUUUUAUACAUUUGAGGUGUGUCACAUUGCAGGCAGAGCUGGGCCCCCACAUACUGAUACACAGAAAAAAACAUUCAUAAACACACAUACAUGGAAACACAGGCAAAGACACAAACACACAGGCAGGCAGGCACAGUCAAACACAUACAGAUAGAGAUAGUGUCCCUCAGUAUAUUGUCAGGGUCAAUCUGUUUAGUAAACCCAAGUUCACUUGUACAGUAAAUUCUGAUUUGUGCAAUAAAUCUGUGUAAUCAUUGUUCCUUAUAGAAUAAAUGUGUUCA